AUGGACGCGUCUUUUGCCUCACACCAGGCGCGUCUGGCGACAUUCGCAGCAACCACGACCAGCAAGGCCCGCCGCACCUCGAACAGAUCGAAGAAGACAGCACCCAAGUCGAAAUCGUCAUGGCCUCAUUCCUCUCCUAAUCCACAAGAUCUCGCCUUUGCGGGCUUCGUCUGGAAGCCGACAACAGCCAGCCCCGACAACGUCCAGUGCUUCAGCUGCGCCUGCCAGCUCGAUGGAUGGGAAGAAGAUGACGUGCCCGCCUACGAGCAUCUCACACAUUCACCAAACUGCGGAUUCGCCAUAGUUACCUGCAUUCGACUUCGCAAUGGCGACCCGGGCAGGACUGAAGACGAUCCCUCCAGCGACGCGAUGGUGGCGGCGCGACGCGACACCUUUCGCGAUAUGUGGCCACUUGAGCAUGAGCCAGGCUACCCCAACGCCGACCAGAUGGCAGCCGCAGGCUGGAUGUUCGACCCCGCUGAUGAUACUCCCGAUGGUGUCACCUGCCCAUAUUGCUCUCUUGCUCUUGACGCAUGGGAUGCAGGCGACGAUCCGCAUGAAGAGCAUCGCCGCCGCGCCCAGGACUGUUUGUUCUUCGCUCUUACUGAACUCUACCACCCACCUGCCAACCCCGCUCCAGCAAAAAGAGGCAAAGGCACUGCAAAGGCCAAGCGCACAUCGACUCGCAGUUCUACAUCAUCUAUAUCGUCUGUGGCAAGCACAACGAGCACCCGUGGCAAGAAGCGCUCCAGCGAUGCAAUUGAAGCAUCAACUUUCUCCGAGGUCAUUCUCCCAGCCCAGAAGCGAGGAAAGACUCGGGCCAACGACAGUGACGCAAUCGAACCGUCCACAUUCUCCGAGGUUGUCCUGCCAGCACAAAGAAAGGGCAAGGGAAAGGCGCGUGCCAGCACCGCAACCGAAGCUGCAACAUUCUCAGAAGUUAUUUCGACUACACAGACACGCAGGACCCGUGUUAGCAAUGCAGCUUCGUCUUCUACUUUCUCCGAGAUCCUUCCCGCCACCAAGAAGCGUGGCAAGGCCGCUGCCAGCAAAGCAAAUGAAGGCUCAACACUGGCAUCGACUUUCUCUGAGAUUAAGCCGACGACUCUGAAGCGCGGCAAGGCGCCAGCCCCACGAUCCAACGAAACAAGCAAGAUCACUGAAGCUUCAAUCUUCUCCGAAAUCAAACCUACGACUCUGAAACGCGGCAAGGUGGCGGUCAGCAAAGCAUCUGAAAGCUCGACCCUGGCUUCAACCUUUUCCGAGAUCAAGCCCGCCACUUUGAAUCGCAGCAGGACUCGUGCUAGCAAUGCAACCUCCACAUCCGGUUCUUCAGAGAUUAAAGUACCCAUAAAGAAGCGAGGCAAGGGCAAAGCAGCCGAAGCUAGCAAGAUCACUGAAGCAUCAACUUUCUCCGAGGUCAUUGCACCUACCCAGAAGCGGUACAAUACUCGUUAUAGCAACGAGAGCUCAGUAUCAGCAUCUUCCGAGAUCGUUCCACCGAUACAGAAGCGAGGCAAGACACGCGCCAGCAAUACAGCGUCUGCUGCUGUCAUCUCCGAAGUUAUUCAGCCCAAACAGAACAAGGGCAAGAAGCGGGCCAGUGAGGCAAUCGAAGUGGACAACUUAUCCGAGGUGGAUCGUCCUUCCAAGCGAUUCAGAUCUUCAAGCUUCUCCAGUCUCCCAGAUGACUUGCCUGUCGGUACUCCUAAGAAGACACCUACACACUUGAAGGAGGCCGAGACCUUUGAGAUGUCGAGCUUUCCCAUGGAUUUAGAUGUUGGCACUCCUAAGAAGACGCCCUCACACCUGUUCGAAACCCGCACCUUUGAGAUGUCAAGCUUCCCCUCCGGUCUCCCUGUUGGUACUCCUAAGAAGACACCUUCGCACUUGGCCGAGGCUCGUACCUUUGAUAUGUCCGAAUUUCCUUCAGAUUUGCCUGUCGGUACUCCUAAGAAGACACCUACACAUUUGAAAGAGACUGGAACAUUCGAAAUGUCGAGCUUCCCUAUGGACUUGGAUGUUGGUACACCUAAGAAGACACCCACACACCUUGCCGAGAACUGGGAGCCUACCGACAUGGACGCUUUCUUCGCUGAUCAGGGUGGUGUCCGCGCUUUCAUGAACGACGUCAUUGUCGAUGCUGGUCUUGACGACAUUGCUUCCGGCUCAGAAGAACUUCAAGCCGCGGUUUUGGCGGGCCUAACGGAGGAGGAAAAGGGCAUGACGAUUGAGCAGUGGGUGUUGUACAACGCCAAGCGCGGAGAAGAGAAACUCCGCCGGGCGUGCGAGCAGCAGAUUGCUGCCUUUGAGGCCGAGGGACGUCGUGCCCUGGCGGCGCUUCAGGCCCUCGAGACUGUUUAA